AUGUUUACAGGUAGUGGUGUAAUAGAUUUAACUAAAGAUACUACUGGUGAUAAUGAAGACCUACAGAAAGCUAUUGCUGCUAGUUUACAUGAAACACCAGGUAUACUGGGUGGUCAGGUGACUAGAGAGGAACAAGAUAUCAGCAGGAUAUUAGAAGCCAGUUUAGCAGAAAGUAAAGCUGGUACUAAAAGAAAAAGAGGAGAUAUUUGGUUUGUAGACCCAUUAAAUCCUCAUGAACGUAAACGUGUUGAACAGUGGCCAGUGGGGUUAAAAAAUGUUGGUAAUACAUGUUGGUUUAGUGCGGUCAUACAAUCCUUAUUUCAUAUUCGACAAUUCCGACAACUGGUGUUGAAUUUUGACUUUAGUUUGGCUAACGCUGAUAAUGUGUUUAUUGAAUAUUUACAGGAUACUAGAAAUAUAUCGUUUAUGGAAGAAUUACAAUGUUUAUUUGCAUUGUUAGUUGGUACUAGUAAGAAAUAUGUUGAUCCGUCCAAGCCUGUUGAAAUAUUAAAAGAAGCCUUUACUUCUCCUACUGGGGCCAACAAUAGUCAACAGGAUGUGAGUGAAUUUCAGCAUAAAUUACUAGAAUGGUUAGAAGAUGCUUUUAAAGUUUAUGAAAAUAAACCGAAAGCAAGUACGGAAGCUAACUGUGAUAAUAAUGUAAAAAGUCCUGUAGUUGAUCUAUUUUAUGGUCAAUUUAAGGCAGAAGGCAUUCAUGAAGGUAAAGGGUUCUCUAAUCUUGAAACAUUCGGUCAGUUCCCACUACAAGUAUCAGGGUUUCGAGAUAUACAUGAAAGUUUAGAAGCGGCAACAUCUCCAGCUGAAAUAGAAGCUGUUAGUAGUGAUGUCACCCAGAAAUCAGGGCAGGAGUUAUGGUUUACUCGACUCCCUCCUGUUUUGACCUUUGAACUUUCACGAUUUCAAUUUAAUCAACAAAUUGGUCGACCAGAGAAAAUCCACAAUAAAAUUCAGUUUCCGGAAGUGAUUUAUAUGGAUAGAUAUAUGGAGCGAAAUCAAAGUAUAACUCGACAACGAAGAGAAGAUGGUAAAAAAUUAAAAGAACAGUUACGAUGUCUUAAAGCCAAAUUAGACAAGUUUUUACGAUACGGUUCUGGUAAUAAAAGAGUUCCACUACAAGAUGUUCUGCAAUACGCUCUGGAAUUCGCUCAGAGUAAAAAACAUGACAGGACCUCUUCUGCCUCUAAUCAAGAUAUUGAAAUGGAAUCUCCAAGAACUAAUACCAACAAUAACGAAAGAUUAUCAGCAGAUGUGCCAGAUUUACCUGACAUCGCUAUGACAACAUACAGUCAAUCUCCUGGACCGUCUGCUCGUAGUGUUGAUGGAGUUACUCCCCCUUACCCUCGCCAUGUAGAAGAUUCAGAAUUGGAAGUUUUAGAAGGUUGUUUGAGAAGAUGGAGAACUGAAGUAGAAUCUGAUGUUAGAGAAUUACAAGAAAAUAUUUCUAGUUUAGAAGAGAAAGUGAGUGGAAUGUACAGUGAUGAAUCUAUGAAAAAGUUCCCCUAUCAUUUACAUGCUGUCUUAGUACACGAAGGUCAAGCUGCAUCAGGUCAUUACUGGGCAUAUAUUUAUGAUAUUCUCCGUGAGAAAUGGUUGAAGUUCAAUGAUAUAACUGUCACAGAGUCAUCAUGGGAGGAGCUAGAGAAAGAAGGGGUGGGAGGAUAUCAUAAUGCCAGUGCUUAUUGUUUGAUGUAUGUUGAUAGAUCUAAGUUACAGUACAACACAGAUACAGCCAAAUUUUUAGACAGUAUGGAAUGUCUUCCACCAGAAUUAUUUAAAAUGGUAACAGAAGAUAAUAAAUUAUUUGUGAAAGAAAUUCAGACGUGGAAUGAAGACCAAGCCAGAAAAACGGCUGAAGCUGAGGCCAAGACUGCCUCUGAGAAGAAAAUAGCAAAAACAUCCACCCAGACCAGUCAAACAGCCUUGAGAUAUUCUCUACCUAUAACACAUGCUAAUAUCUCUUUCACUGAUACAUUAAAAGCUGUUAAACAAUAUGUAGAUCUUCGUGAUUGUCUGCCUAAAGAUUCCCUCAUACAGGCAGUUAAUCAAGAAUUAAAAAGAUUAGCUGAAUUAAGUAAAAGAGUUAGUGUUGUACUACCUCAAGAUGAUUUAAGAUUACAACAUAUCUUAAUAUACAUGGGACAUAAUUCAGCUGAUAUUAAAUUACAACAGAUAAUAGAACUAGAACAAUUCUCUUUUAUUAAAGAUUUAGAUACAUCUGAGAGAGGAAAAGAAAUGAGAAAAUUUGCUAGUGAAUAUGUACAAAAAAUACAGAAUGAAUAUGGCUCAGAUAUUUAUAAACGUUUAGAGGACUGGCACUGUAAAUAUCAGUUGUAUAGAGAAGUUGUAUAUUUAUUUAUUAAGGGUUUAGAGGCAUAUAAUAAAGAAAGGUAUGCAGAAUCUCUGCCAUAUUUAGAUAAAGCCUGGCAUUGUAAUAUAGACUGUACAGUUAAUGGUAAACAUGAAGGAUUAGGUGUAAAUAAGAAUAUAUUGGCCUAUUUUAGACGUACUUGUUUACAGUGUUUAAAUACAAGUGCAGCUGAAUUAUUUGAAAGUGAAGAAGAUGUAUCUGAAGCAUUAACUCUAAUGAAUAGUUUGAUAUUACCUACUUUACCAUUAUUAUCUUCAUCUGGAGUACAACAUGAUGUUAUAGCUGCCGAGGAGAUGAAAGAGAAAUGGUGUGCUUUCUUAGGAGAACAACUUUCAGGUAAGCUUAUUUCUGGCAUUGUUUUUCUAGUCUAA